AUGGGUGACCCGCGAGAGCCGUCAUCGUACCGGGUGACGCCGAGGAUCCGUUACAACACUGUUGGUGGUGUAAACGGUCCGCUCGUUGUCCUCGAGAAUGUCAAAUGCCCGAAGUACAGCGAAAUCGUCACACUUACGCUCCCCGACGGAACACAGCGCGCGGGUCAGGUUCUAGAGGCUCGAGGAGACAGAGCGAUCGUGCAGGUCUUCGAGGGCACUACGGGCAUCGAUGUGAAGAAGACACGGGUCGAGUUCACGGGGGACAGCCUGAAGCUCGGCGUCUCGGAAGACAUGCUAGGCCGCAUCUUCGAUGGGUCAGGACGUGCGAUCGACAAGGGACCUAAGGUGCUGGCCGAGGAGUUUUUGGACAUCAACGGCAGUCCGAUCAACCCCUAUUCAAGAGUCUAUCCGGAGGAGAUGAUCUCGACUGGUAUCUCGGCUAUCGACACCAUGAACUCCAUUGCUCGCGGCCAAAAGAUUCCGAUCUUCUCGGCCGCCGGUCUCCCACACAACGAAAUCGCCGCCCAGAUUUGCCGGCAAGCCGGUUUGGUUCAGAGAGAGGGUGUGACAAACAAGGGCGUCCAUGAUGGCCACGAGGAGAACUUCUCUAUUGUGUUCGCCGCCAUGGGUGUCAAUCUGGAAACCGCCCGUUUCUUCACGCGAGAUUUCGAGGAGAACGGUAGCUUGGAGCGGACCACGCUGUUCCUCAACCUUGCCAACGAUCCGACCAUCGAGCGUAUUAUCACACCCCGCCUUGCCCUUACAACCGCCGAGUACUACGCCUAUCAGCUCGAGAAGCACGUCUUGGUCAUCCUCACUGACCUCUCUUCCUACUGCGAUGCCCUCCGUGAGGUCUCGUCCGCCCGCGAAGAAGUCCCCGGCCGCCGCGGUUUUCCCGGUUACAUGUACACGGAUUUGUCCACCAUCUACGAACGUGCUGGCCGCGUGGAGGGCCGAAACGGGUCCAUCACCCAGAUUCCUAUCCUUACCAUGCCCAACGAUGACAUUACGCACCCAAUUCCCGACCUGACAGGUUAUAUCACUGAGGGGCAAAUCUUCGUCGACCGUGGCUUGCACAACCGCGGUAUCUAUCCUCCGAUCAAUGUGCUGCCGUCUCUGUCCCGUCUCAUGAAGUCCGCCAUCGGCGAGGGUAUGACACGGAAGGACCACGGAGACGUGUCCAACCAGCUGUACGCGAAGUACGCCAUCGGCAGGGAUGCCGCCGCCAUGAAGGCUGUCGUUGGUGAAGAGGCACUGUCGGCCGAGGACAAGCUUUCGCUCGAGUUCCUUGACAAGUUUGAGCGCAACUUCAUCAGCCAGGGUCCAUACGAGUCGCGGACGAUUUUUGAGUCGCUGGAUCUGGCGUGGAGUCUGCUGCGCAUCUUCCGCAAGGACAUGCUUAACCGUAUCCCCGCCAAGAUCAUCGACGAGUUCUACCAUAGGUCAGCAGCAGACCGGAAGGGUAAGGGCAAGGCGCCGACCAAGGAUACACGGGACACGGCGCAGGAUGAGGAGAACCUGAUUGACGCAUGA